GAGAGCAGGCGCACGGAAUUUUGUUCCGUCCGUUAUCCACGUUUUUAUCGAGCGAACUGAAUUUUUCCCGCGCAAAAUAUGGGAAAAUCUGGACGUAAGAAGAAGUUCGGGGCACGGUGGGCAAAGAGCGCGAACCAGAGGGCGAGAAAAGGGCGGGAACGCGCGCCACCUACCGACUUGCCCGGUCAAGCAGAGGGAGUAGAGGAGCCAGUUCCAGGUCUGGAAGACCAGACUGGCAGCCAACCUACAGACUCACAAGCAGCUGCAGGCAGACCUGUCUCCGAUCAGAACGUGACGUGUGACGUCACAAACAGACGUCCAGGUGACCUGAAUGACCUGGCGUCUCACGAUGGAGACACAGGAAGCGGAUCUCACAAAACCUCUACUGGAGCGAGCGAGAAGUCUCCUCCCAAGCCCACAUCACCAGAAGAGCGGGAGGCUAGUCCUCAGACCACGCCACCGCUCGUUGUACCGCCCGCGGCUGGUCCAAGCUCCGUCCCGCAAGAGGGCGACGACAGCAGGAUCGUCUUGAGGCUACGUCGCAAGUCGUCUUCAACUGACGAAGGAGGUGACCGCGACUGCCCGGUAGGGUUCGAGAGGAGCGACGAGUACGAAGUCAUCACUGACACGGAGAGCUCGUCCGAAUCUCGCAGGUCGAAGUACAGAGAGGAUGUAAAAAGGCGCCGUUGGGCGCAGUGGAGCGCAAACCGCAAGAGAUCGGCGCUGUACACCGAUAGUGAGGAGUCAGAGAGCGCUACGGACGUAGCGACACAAAGAGCGGACUCACCAGCACCUGCCCAACAGCAACCUCGCAGGUCGAAGAACAGAGAGAAGAGCUCGUCCGAAUCUCGUAGGUCGAAGUACAAAGAGGAUGUAACAAGGCGCCGUCGGGCGCAGUGGAGUGAAAACCGCAAGAGAUCGGUGCUGUACACCGACAGUGAGGAGUCAGAGAGCGCUACGGACGUAGCGGCACCAAGAGCGGACACGCCUCCACGUGCACCCACCCAACAGCAACAUCACGGGUCAAAGAACAGAGAGAAGAGCUCGUCCGAGUCUCGCAGGUCGAAGUACAAAGAUGAUGUAAAAAGGCGGCGUCGGGCGCAGUGGAGUGAAAACCGCAAGAGAUCGGUGCUGUACACCGAUAGUGAGGAGUCAGAGAGCGCUACGGACGUAGCGACACCACCCGCCCAACAGCAACAUCACGGGUCGAAGCACAGAGAGGAUCUAAAAGGGCGCCGCACGGCAAAACGGAGCCAAAGCGCCGAGCGAUCAAAGCUGUACACCGAUAGUGAGGAGUCAGAGAGUGCCACGGAAGCAGCGACACCAAGAGCUGACUCUCCGGCACCCGCCCAACAGCAAGAUCGUAGGUCGAAGUACAGAGAGGAUCAAAAAAGGCGCCGUCAGGCGCACUGGAGCGCAAACCGCCAGAGAUCGGCGCUGUACACCGAUGAUAGUGAGGAGUCAGAGAGCGCUACGGACGUAGCGACACCAAGACCGGACACGCCACCACCCGCUCAUCAGCAACAGCGCGAGAAGAGGAAGACAUACAAGGGAGCAAACUCCCCUCAGACUGCCGAAGAAGCUCGCAGACGUAAGGCUAGGGGGAAGACGCCGGUAGACCCAGAAACACCUUGGCGCAACAAGUGGUACUGGAAGACCUCGGACGAGGAUGACGAGUCCCACAGUGAGGGUUCCUGGAGUAACAGUGGCUACGAGACGCCGGUCAACAAGUGGGACCGACCGACUCGAUCACUACGGUACAACGGUGGCGGGACGUGGAGUACCACCGCGUACGGCAAAACAGCCACGGAGCUCAUCAGGUCCCCGCCGCCAAGCCCACCCACGCCUCCCGUACCGCGGUUCUUGACGCGCCCGCAGUCAGAACCGAGUCCGCCUCCCCCAGACAGCCCGAGAUCUCCCCGCCAUCCAGACUAUCCGAUCCGCCACGGUAUCGGGAAUUCGACCCAGCCGAUGUCUUUCUACAGGGCGCCCAGCCCUGUGUUAGGCUUCGCGGGACCCGAGGGAGGAGAGCUGCCGUCUACGUCCAGCUACCCAGACUGCCAGAUCGGCAAGUUCGAAGGCUUUUCAGAAGAGAAGUCAGACGAAGAACAGACGCCAAAGAGAGUCAAAAGCGUCAUCAAGAAGGCCAGGAAGAAGAGGAAGCCGAAAAAGAGGUUAAAGAAGGGAGAAAAAGCUCCGGAGUAUAUCUUCAAGAAGUCAAUAUUCGUUGGGCAUGGGCAUGGCAUUCGGUGGUUGGCGAACGCCACGUAUACAAAGCUAUGCUCUUGCUCGACAGUUCGGAAACCCGAAGACGACCAACCGACGCGCGUGUAUGCUCCAUGGACGCCGCCACACACAAGCUCCAGGCCGCUAGACUCCGGAGAGCCAAAUGAGGAAGUGACAGGGGCUGCUACUCUUCCCGCAACCAACCUCGCCAGUCCUGGCCACGAUGGUGAAGGGGACGACAGGAAAGAGCAAACAGCAAGCACGACAUCGCAGUCUCCAUGCGACUUGGACGGAUCCGACCAUCCUACAGAAGGAUCACCAGUGCAACCUAGUUUGUUGCCCUCUACUGAUGUGAAUAAUGCUGUAUCGCCAGCAUGGAUUGAAGCCCCUGCAAUUGUCGUUUAUUACGGCCCUCUGCCACAAGCCAUUGACGAGUUUGACUUUGAGUCCGGCCAAGGGGACGACAGAAAAGAGCAUGCAACUACGACACCGCCUCCAUGCGACUCAGAUAAAGAAGACCGUCCUAGCGAAGAAUCCCUAGUGUACCACACUCCUGUACCCACUGCUGCUGUGAGUAACGCCGUAUCACCAGCAAUGGGUGAGGCUUCUGCAAAUUCCGUUAUCGGUCCUCUGCCUCAAGCUGUCGACGAGUGUGAGUCCGGCCAAAGGGACGACAGAAAAGAGCAUACAGCUACGACACCGUCUCCAUGCGACUCAGACAAAGAAGAUCGCCCUAACGAAGAAUCCCCAGUGAACCACACUUCGUUGUCUUCUGCUGCUUCCCUUAACAACACGUCACCAGCACGUGCUGAAGCGUCUUCAAACGUCGAUACAAAUGGUCUUAUAUCACAAGCUAUCGACGCCUGUGAGUCCGGCCAAGGGGACAGAAAGGAGCAUACAGCUACGGCACCAACUCCAUGCGAAUCCCAAGUGAACCACACUUCUCGUCCUUCUGCUGCAGCCCCUAACACCGCGUCGCCAGCACGGAAUGAAGCCUCUACAAACGCACGGGUGACAAACGUCGAUACAGAUGGUCCUCUGCCGCAAGAUGUCGAGUCCGGCCAAGGGGACGUCAGAAAAGAGCAUGAGGCCACCACGGCGUCUCCGUGCGACGCAGUCAAAGUCGAUCGUCCUGACGAAGGCGGCUUGCCAGUGUCCACUUCUUUACCAUCCGCUGCUGCCACUAACAACACCUCGCCAGCACGGAAUGAAUCCUCUACAAACGUCGAUACAGAUGGUUCACAAGCUGUCGACGCGUAUGAGUCAAGCCAAGAGGACGACAGAAAAGACCAUACAGCCACGACACCGCCUCCGUGCUACUCAGAUAAAGUCGAGCGUCCUAACGAAGGCUUGCCGGUGUCCACUUCUCUACCAUCUGCUGCUGUCCCUACCAACACGUCGCCAGCACGGAAUGAAGCCUCUACAACCACCAUUACAGAUGGUCCACAAGCGUGUGAUUCCGACCAAGGGGACGUCAGAAAAGAGGAUACAGCCACUACACCGCCGCCAUGCGAUAGUCCUAACGACGAAUCAUCAGUACGCCACACUCCGGAUUCGUUUUCUCCUGCUACUGUGAAUAACGCCACGUCGCCAGCACGGAUUGAAACGUCUGAAUACGUCGUUAAAGAUGGUUCUCUGCCGCAAGAUGGUGAGGCGUGUGACUCCGGCAUAGACAGCGACGGAAAUGACCAUACACCAACACCAACACCAUCUCCACGCGACUCAGACAAAGCCGAUCGUCCCGACGACAGGAAAGAGCAUACAGCUAGGACACCGCCUCCAUGCGAUUCAGAUAAAGAAGAUCGUCCCAACGAAGCAUCAUCUCCAGUGCACCACACUCAGUCUUUACCAUAUUCUGCUAUCCGGCCUGACACCACGACGCCAGCACGUGCUGAAGCCCCUGCAACAGUCGUUGCAUACGGUCCCCUGCCGCAAGCCACCGACACGUGCGAGUCACAGGCAGCCUGGGAAACAAGCGGCAAGACACCGUCAGCUCCGCAUACACCGGUGCUGGACCCCUGGUCGGAGACCUCCUCUAGUAGCGAGCCGACAGACGCCCUCGGGCUCUGGUACAAGAAGUAUCUCACUCAGAACGAGCCUCCACCAAACCCGGUGGUAAUUCCGACAGCCACCACCGAGUUUCUAUCAGAUGUUAGCAACCAUAACUCUGAUAGGAGUAGCGAAACCAGCCAGCCAUUCUCGAGUCAAAUCCCACUACCAUUUAAAUGGUCGGCAUCCCCAAAAAGCGACAGUUCUUCUGAUGGAAGCGCCACGUCUGGAAGCGACAGUGCAAGCCAUGACAGCCAGAUGUGUAAGAAGAAACGCAAGCAUGAUGAGAGUGAAGAAUCGUCUGACUGGUCUUUAUAUCCCAACCCUCCAAGCAGUGAUGAGGACAGGAGUAGCAGCACGGGGCCAAGCUUUGGCAGUUCCUCCUCUCCCAAACGAGGACACAAUAGAAGACGUCACGACAACACAUCGGGGCGCAGUCAGGUCACGGCGUCGGCCUACGUUACUUUAGAUGAUGACAGCAACACAAGAGCGUCCCAUAUAUCUGAAGGAAGUCGCCACCACAGCGGUACCGGUAGUGAGACAAGUGGUUACAGAGGCGAGACCAGCAGGGGUUUGAAGAGGAAGACGGACGGCAGCUUGCCGACUUCAAAGAGAUUUAAGAGGGAUGGCAGCAAGAAUGUCAGCGGUAGGAGUAGGUCUGACGAUAGCAGUAGCAGCCACAGCGAUGUGAGGAAACAGCAGGGUAGAGGAAAGAGCAGGGGCGGUAGCAACGUUAACAAGGACAGCAGAAACCAGAGCCAUAGCAGCAACAGCAACCACAGCCAUAACAGCAACAGCCGAAUCAGCAGCAACCACAGCAACACAAAUGACAGCACCAACAACUCCACCAACCUGUUAGACGAAGAAGAGGUGGAAAAGUUGAGCAAGACGAUCGACCACGGCGGCCUGCUGGAGCAGGCGUUCCAUCAGGAUGACGGGGGAGGUCUGAAAACGACCAUGAUACAGUGGAAACAUCCGGGGUCUGACGUGUCCGGCAUCAUUGCGCGCAGCAAGAAACUGGCGGGAACUUUUGAAAAGCUGCUUGGUGGAGAGGUGUAUCAUUACAGCGGUAAAAUUAACAUGAAGGAGGCUCAUUCUGGGGGACAGCAUCUAUGGCACCAGGACUACGGGUACUGGUACAACAACGGUCUUCUGUAUCCCGACAUGGCGACUGUUUACAUAGCCGUGGACAAGGCUGACAAAACCAACGGUUGUCUGCAGGUGCUCCGAGGGUCUCACCUGGCCGGGCGGGUGGAACACAAGCGGGUUGCCGGGGAGACAGGCGCGGAUGACGAGAGAGUCGAACAACUAAAAAAGGUACUGGAGCACGUGUACGUAGAGUUGGACCCGGGUGAUGCUGUGUUGUUCCACUGUAACGUCCUGCACCGCAGCGACCAGAACAGGUCUGACCGCCGGCGGAGGGCGUACCUUAUCUCCUAUAACAGGGCAUCGAACAACCCCGUGUAUGAACACUACAACGCCUCGUAUGUGCCGCUGGAGAUGGUAGAUGACGCCGAGAUCAAGAGGUGCGAGAACCACUCCGACUUCUCGGGGAAGGACUUCGUCGACCCCGCCGAUAACAAAAACAUCUCCGGCACGAGAGUCGGAAAGCACUGAGA